AUGUUCGAGCCCGAGAAUCCGUCGUGCAGCUUCUUUGAGCACUCAUCCGCCUAUCCGCAAUAUGUGCAAUUCAGCGCCGAGCAAUUCAACAACACCCAAUACAUCAAUGUGCACAAUUAUCAUUUUCAUGGUCCGAUGCCGAUGAUGGAGCAGCAUCAACAGCAUUCGUCGCAGCAGCCGAUGUUCUUCAAUCCGGGCCCAACGCCACCGGCCGAGGGGUACAACCAAUUCGAGGAGAAGCCGAUAUGGCUGAAAGACGAACACAUCACCUUCACACCGACUCGCGAAUUCUACGAUGGCGAUGUCGGCUAUGAGGACAUCGUCAAAGGGUUCAGCGGUCCCACCUCACCGUCGGCUUCCGUCUCGUCAAACUCGUUCUCGUCGGAUUUGUCGAUUCAACCCGAAUGCGAAGACUCGCGUCUGCCAUUGAAGGAGCGCGGAAGAGUCUAUCGUCCACGAUCAGCGAUCCGACCCAAGAAGACGCCGGCGAAGCGGCGCGAUAAAGAGGUUCUCGAUAAACUUCGAGUGCAUCAUUGCACAGCGCCGGGCUGCGACAAAGUCUACACGAAAAGCUCACAUUUAAAGGCGCAUGAGAGAAUUCAUAAAGGCGAGAAGCCGUAUCAUUGCGAAUGGCCGAAUUGUAGUUGGCGAUUCGCCAGGUCCGACGAGCUCACAAGGCAUUAUAGAAAGCAUACCGGUGCGAAACCAUUCAAGUGUCAGGAUUGCGGCCGACAAUUCUCGCGAAGCGAUCAUCUCCAACUCCAUAUGAAGCGGCACGAGAACGCCAAUUAUGAGCAGAACAUUCCCGAUUUAUAUUUUCGUGAUUUGGUUUCACAAUGA